GCUGGGGGCCCCUCCCCCCGCCCUGGCCGUGCCCACCCCCCCCGCGCUCGCGCUGGUGCUGGCCUGGGUGGGGGCGCUCGGAAUGGGGGGCUGGAGACCCCCGAGGAGCCCCGGUGACCCCCCAGGACCCCUCCGGGACCUCGGCUGGCUGCUGUUGCUGGGGGGGGCCCUGGGGGGGUCCCUGGCCCUGGGGGUCCCCCUGCCCCCCCUGUGCCCCCUCCUCCCCCCGCUGGCCGCGGCCGCCUCCAGCGUCGCCUUCGGCCUCGCCCUCCUCAUCCUCGCGCGGCGGCGGCUGCGGGCGGGGGGCACCGGACACCCCGUGUAUGAAUUCUUCGUGGGGGGAGGAGCGGGGACCCCCCUGGAGCCCCCCGAGAAUCUGAACUGGGAGCGGGUCGGGCUCUGCGCCUGGUUCCUGGUGCUCUCCGCGGCCCUGGGGGAGCAGCAGCGCCUUUGGGGCUCCCCCUCGCUGCCGCUGGCGCUCGUGGCGGCCGCGCAGGGGGGGGCGGUGCUGCGGCGGCUCAGGGAGCUGAGCGCGAGUCCUGCCCCCGGCCCCGGGGGGUUCCUGGGGCUCUUUGGGGGUCUCGCCUGGGGCCCUUUCGGGGGUCCCCUCCCAGCGCUGCUGCUGCUGAGGAGACCCCAGCAGGGGCUGGGGGGCGCCGCGGGGGCGGCCUGUGGGGGGCUCUACGCCCUCGGCUUGUGGAUCUUCCACGGCGCCACCACCCAGAGGAGCCUCUUCAACCGCGACCCUCGAGACCCCCGGGUGGCCGGUCUCCCCACGGUCCCCACGGCCACGGGGCAGCUGCUGCUGGCCGGGGGCUGGUGGGGGCUCGUGCGACGCCCCGAUGACCUCGGGGAGCUGCUGAUGGCCUUGGGCUGGACCCUGCCCUGCGGUCUGUCCCCGCCGCUGUUGCUGCUCUUGGCGGGGGCUGCGCUCCGGGAGCUCCGGGCUCUGGAAGGGGAGCGGCGGCAGCGGCGCCGGUUUGGGGGGGCCUGGGGGGGCCUGUGCCGGCGCGUGCCGCACCGCCUGCUGCCCCUGCUCUACUGAGGGCCCCCCGAGACCCCCCCGGGAUCGCCCACCCAAGGCCCCCCAACUCUCAUGUGGUUGUU